UUUAUUAGCUGGGAGUGGUGGAGAGAAGCCAGGCAGGAAGAGGCAGUAAUAAGAAACAUUUUUUUGACUUCUCCCACAUCCAGACCACAGAGCGCUUGCCAAGCGGCUGCGCUCGGACAACAGGGCUGCUGAGCCGAGUCCCCAGGGCCGGGACGGGGACAGAGACGUUCCCCCACCGGGACGGGCAACACUGCAGCCGCAGGAGCCCCCACGGUGCCGGGACGGGUGGUGGGAGGGGAGCAGACCCAUGAAGCUCCUCCAAGCCGGGGAACACGGCACGGAGCAGAGCUGCCCCGGCUGAGCCGCGCACACCGCCUCCGAGCUCGGGACUGCAGCCGGGAAAGCCUCGCCGGGACCGGGCAGUUCCGUGGGCGCCUGUGGGACACGGAUGCUGUAGGCUGAAGCUUUGGGAGCCUGUGGAAAAAGCUCUCACCGACUCCGACGUGGUGUCCAUCCAGCCCUUCGCACCUGCAGCUGGUACCACCGCACACGCCUGGCUCACCCUGCUUCCCCCCAGCUGGCACCGGCACCGGCACCAGCCGGCACGAGGGUCUCUGCUGUGUCUGGCUCCCUGUGAAAAGGCGACAGAGGGGAACUGAGUCACGAGCCACAUCCUGUGGCGAAACCCCCCCAGGAGCAGCAGAAACCACAGGGGAGGGCGGAAGAGCCAGGAUUGCAAAGCUCUGCCGAGCCACCCCGCUAAGAGCAAGGGACCCUCUAGCCAUCACGCAUGUCCCUGAGGAUUGUGUCCAGCCACCCCCUUUCCCAGGUUCCCACCGCCUCCUGCCCCAUCUCCCCCCAACAGUCCCUUUGCUUUUCUCUCCGUGGGGUCACCGGGAAAUUCCCCUUCCCCGGGGCUGGGUCUUGCUCCAGACCCCCCGUCCGGCCAGUGCUGCGGCACAACUGCCUAUUGCUCCCAGCCGCUUCUGCCGGCGCCCACACCCCAUCCGAGAGGUUUCAGUUGGGGUUUUUUCCUUCUCCUGAUGCUGCUGCAAAUCCCAAAGGAUGGAAGGAUGUAAGACAGCAACGUGACUUGCCAUCACCUCCCAGCCAGGCUGGGGAAGAUGCUCCAGACACCAGGAAGGAAAAUGCCGUGUGGAGCCUGUGGCCGGGCGGUGCUGGCACUGAUGACCUUCUCCAUCGGCUUCGCAGCUGACGAGCUGCUGUGCGUCUGCGACGUGCCACACUGCAGCCUGCCCACCUGCACGGGCCAGGUGUGCUUCGUCAGCAAGAGGAAGGAGGAAGGGACCAUCACCCAGCACAAGGGCUGCUUCUCCCAGAACAUCCUGGAGAACUGCCACACGCCCGUGACGGAGCAGUACGGCAUGAGGUGCUGCAACUCCAGCAUGUGCAAUGCCGAGCUGGAGAUCUUCCUGCAAGGAGAAGAGGCCCUGGGAAAGGCACCUUCCCUGCCCAACCUCCUCCUGAUGAUCUUCGUCCCGCUGCUUGCCCUCCUCAUCCUCGUGGCGCUCACGGCACUCUUCUGCUGGAAGGUGGCCCAGCAUCACCACCAGAAAAGUGACUUGGGCGACACAGACCUCAUGCUGAAGGCAUCCAUGGUGGGAGACAGCACUUUAGAGGACUUGCUGAACGAUGACUGCACCACAGGCAGUGGCUCGGGGCUGCCUUUCCUCGUCCAGCGAACAGUGGCUCGGCAGAUCACCCUCGUGGAGUGUGUGGGCAAAGGACGCUAUGGCGAGGUGUGGCGAGGUGUGUGGCACGGGGAGAGUGUGGCCGUGAAGAUCUUCUCCUCCCGGGACGAGCAGUCGUGGUUCCGUGAGACCGAGAUCUACAACACUGUCCUCCUCCGGCACGACAACAUCCUGGGCUUCAUCGCCUCCGACAUGACGUCGAGGAACUCCAGCACCCAGCUCUGGCUCAUCACGCACUACCACGAGAAUGGCUCGCUCUACGACUACCUGCAGAGGACAGCCCUGGAUGUGGAGACUUGCCUGGGGUUGGCCUCCUCCAUCAUCUGCGGCCUCGUCCACCUCCACGUGGAGAUCUUCGGCACCCAGGGCAAGCCUGCCAUUGCCCACCGUGACCUAAAGAGCAGGAACAUCUUGGUGAAAAGCAACCGGCAGUGCUGCAUUGCAGACCUGGGGCUGGCCGUCAUGCACUCCCAGGGCAGCGACUACCUGGACAUCGGCAACAACCCCCGGGUGGGCACCAAGCGCUACAUGGCCCCAGAAGUGCUCAGCGAACAGAUCCGCACCGACUGCUUCGAGUCCUACAAGAAGACGGACAUCUGGGCGUAUGGGCUGGUGCUCUGGGAGAUCACCCGGCGGACGGUGGUGAAUGGCAUCGUGGAGGAGUACCGGCCGCCCUUCUUCGACGCCGUCCCCAGCGACCCCAGCUUCGAGGACAUGAAGAAGGUGGUGUGCAUCGACCAGCAGACCCCCGUGAUCCCCAACCGCCUCUUCUCCGACUCGGUUUUGUCGGCGCUGGCAAAGAUCAUGAAGGAGUGCUGGUACCAGAGCCCCUCGGCCCGCCUCACCGCCCUGCGGAUUAAAAAGACGCUGAAGAAGUUGAACAAUUCCCUGGAAAAGCCCAAGCCAGAGCAGUGAACGCCGGGCACACACCGGAGCCGCUCGCAGGCUGCACCGGGGACGGCGGCAAAGCCAACGCCAGGAUGGCUCCCGGUUACACAGGGGGUUUUGCUUGCAGCUCCCACCUUUCCUACCCCCUCCUUGGAGCCUUUUUAAUUUGCAAGGAGGGAAAAAGUAGGGGAAAAAAAAAAAGCAAGGGAGGAAUUUUCCAGCCCGGUUAUAAAAAUACCCCCUGGAUCCGUCAUCUGACGCCGGCCCGUCUCGUCUGCCCGGCGGGGAUGGCAGCGGGCGCCUGGGGCUGGCGGCCCGUUCCAAGCCCCCCAGCCAGACACCACAGCCGAGGGGCAAGCAAGCGCCGGAGCCAGCACCAUCCCCUGCCACAGCCCCCGAGCCUGGCUGGGCACCCACCCCAUGGCUGGCACCCAGCGCAACGCGCAGGCAGCAGGUGCUGCCCAAACCUGCCUGCCCGGCACGUUGGCAGCGGGGAUGCCGCGGGCUCGGCGGCGGCAGCAGGAAUUCCCCGGCAGGGCUGCAGUGCCCGGCGUGUCUCUUGCCGAAGGAGGUCUGGAUUUCGCUGGGAAAGGAUGGACCAGGGGCAGCAUCCCCCCCCGACAGGGCUGGAUCUCCACCCCGGUGCAUCUCGGGGCUCCCCAGAACAAGGAACCGCCAGCACCGAGCGGGACCUGAGCAUCACCCAUGCCGCAAGGUCCCGCCGAGACAGGGGCUCCCACAGCCACGGUGGCUUGAUCCUUCCCUGCCGAGCAGCCGGCAUUCCUCCUUUCCAAGCCCUUUUGAUCUUUGCCAACAUUUUGGUGUUUUCCAGGGCAUUUUGGUGCACCCUGCGGCCGGCUCCAGCCCACACCACUCGUCGCCAUCCCCAAAACCACCCCAUGUUCAGGGCUGUUCGGACAGGACCGGGAUGUUCAGCAGAACCAGCUUUGCUCCAUAAUUAUUUAAUUAUUAAGAUUUAAUAUAUUUAAUAAAGUGUAAAGCUAUUUUAUCGCUUAA